CCUUCCCUCAUCUCUCUCAAGCAUUCUCGCCAGAAACGCACAGGCCUCCCUCCCUCCCUCUCCCCCUGCGAACCCUAGACCUCCUCCGACCUCCGUCCAUGCCCGUCACCUCCGAGCCGCUCCGCCGUUGAUUCUCGGAUCGGAUCGCCGCUCGUUCCGCUCGGUUGUCCCCCAGGAGGAAGAGGAAGAGAGGGAAGAAGAAGAGGGGCCAGCUCCUUUCCCCCGGGCGAAUCUCCAGCGGAUCGAGAGACAUGGCGGCCUCCUCGAUGACGAGCUCCGUGUACCUCCACGUCAUCGAAGACGUCAUCACCAAGGUCCGGGAGGAGUUCGUCAACAACGGCGGCCCCGGCGAGGAGGUCCUGAACGAGCUCCAAGGGAUUUGGGAGACGAAGAUGAUGCAAGCGGGUGCUGUUCUCGGUCCAGUGGACAGGUCGGCCGCCGCCGCGAAGCCUCCACUGGGCGGUGCAGCUGCUCCUGUUCAUGAUCUCAAUGUACCUUACGAGGGGACGGAAGAAUACGAAACUCCCACAGCUGACAUGCUCUUCCCUCCAACGCCUUUGCAAACUCCCAUUCCAACCCCGCUACCUGGGACUGUAGAUAGCUCGAUGUACAACAUUCCGACCGGAUCUUCUGAUUACCCCACUCCUUCAAAUGAUGGUGUCGGCAAUUCUGGCGGCAAUACUGAGAUAAAAACUGGGCGACCCAGCGCUUACAUGCAUUCUCCCUCACCUUGGAUGAAUCAAAGGCCCCCCUUGGGUGUCGAUGUUAAUGUUGCUUAUAUGGAGGCUAGAGAGGAUGGAGAUAGAGGAACUUCUCAUCAGCCCCAUACACAAGAUUUCUUCAUGUCCUCUGGAAAGAGAAAACGUGAGGAUGUUGUUCCGCACUAUCAGAAUGGUGGAUAUAUACCACAACAGGAUGGAGCUGGAGAUGCUGUAUUUGAGGAUUCACAGAUCACAGAGAAGACGACUAUUCUACCCACUGCAGACACCGCAAAUAGGCAGAUGCUGGCACAUGUGGGGAGGCCACUGUCAAAGAUACCUCAAGUAGAUGGGCAAACUCCUGAUCCAUAUGACGAGAUGCUUUCUACUCCCAAUAUAUACAAUUAUCAAGGAGUCAUGAAUGAAGAUUACAACAUUGCUAGUACACCGGCUCCAAAUGAAUUACAGGCGAGUACCCCUGCUAUUGGAGUUCAUAAUGAUGUUGGAGAUGAUGAAGAUGAAGAUGAGCCACCGUUGAAUGAAAAUGAUGAUGAUGAGGAUGAUUUAGAUGAUGUGGACAAGGGGGAGGAGCUAAAUACCCAGCACCUAGUCCUAGCUCAAUUUGACAAGGUGACACGGACGAAGAGCAGGUGGAAGUGCACGCUUAAGGAUGGCAUAAUGCAUAUAAACAAUAAGGAUAUCCUUUUCAACAAGGCAACGGGAGAGUUUGACUUCUGAUGAUGUUCGAGUAUUAUUAGUUCUGCUGCAUAGCAGGAAUUACUUGGAAGAGACAAUCGAGAUAUGUAAUUGGUGUUUCGUAUUUUUUCCCCUUCUAUCGAUUAAAUAUCGUUCGUAGGUGAGAGAGUGAGGGAAGUGAGGUCGAGGCCAUCAAGCCUCGGUUGGAUGGUUUGGCCUAUUGUACAUAAUGAAAGAGUUUUAUUCUAUUUUUUUCCCUUAUUGGCCUUUAAAUGGACGGUCAAAUUCACGACUCUUUUGGGAAUUUUUCCAUUUCCCUAAUGAAGUGCGAUACCAGCAUCUUAUGUAA